CCCCGACCCGUAUACCCGAAGGCACGCGGGUCGCUUCCCCGAGGCUUGUGGUUCUUCAGCUAGACGAAGGCUUCUUAGUUUUCAGGAACGAAGGUGCGAAGGCUCCCCUUCCCCGUUGCACGAAACUGCAAAGCCAACAUUUUCAGACGCCAUGAUCAGCGUUCUUGCUCAGGAGCGUCUUCUUGGCGCUGCAUUGGGAAGCAUACUAACAGGAGUCGUCGUUUUUGAGCAGCGCAGAAGGAUCUACAGGUCCAUUUCAGAAAACGAGUCUCAAUUUGUCUCUCAAUCUCAGACAAGAGAACCCAUAUUUGGAAAGAAAUCUCGUUUGGAGUUUGCACACGUAUGGAACAAAGCUGUGGACCGGACUCUGGGACCAGUGAUUGAAUCUCUUAGUUCACGUGGAUGGUAGAAAUGUUCUGAGUAAUUUUUCGACUGAGAUAUGAAUGUAUUUCUCUGUAUCUCUGACAUUUAUACUUGCCAUGGGCUGCCUUUGUAGGUUUGUACACUUUCUGAAUUAAUGAAGAGAGUUGUUAUAACUUAUAAUAAGACUCCACAUGCUACAAAAGCAAUGCUAUUCACAGUUUCUUGAUGUUUUUUCCCAAUGUUUUUAAUGAAUAUUUGUUAUAUGAAA